AUGAACAGGAAUUCGUUACAGGUGUUUCAAACUUUCAUCUUUUCAUAUGUACGCUUGCCUCGGGCUUUUCUCGUUUCUUGCACGUGUUGCGGAAAACAGUUCAAUAAAAGAACAAAAAGCGGCUCUUUCAUUCAGAAUCCUUUGCGUAGUAAGGGAAAAAAUAAAUUCAGACUUUGUCCGGAACGAAGACCAUGCCUUCUUUUUUUCCCUGUUCUCCAAACACGUCCGUUUCGACCGACCGAGUUGCCUUGACUUUUCACAAUUUGUAGUAUGUUCUUGUUAA